AUGUCAGAGCGUGCACUCAGAUCUAAAGGAUCACCACCACCAGAGCUUCCACUACCAGAAACUCGUCGUCGACAAGCUAGUCAGACACCCUCAUCUACCCAAACUCCUACUCCUCCUGUCUCAUCAGCCUCUGCUGCUCCUCAGCAGCCUUCUACUUCCGAGCCCUCUCGCUCCGCUACUCCUGAGCCUAUCGAGCCGUCAUCUGCUCCAUCUCCCGAGCCCUCUCGAUCCACUACUCCGACUCAGUCUAUCGUCGCUGUCGAAGCUAUCGUCGCAGCUAUGUCUCAACCCGGCUCUCAUGCUCCUACUCCCCCUCCCACUUCUACUCCUCUUCCCACUUCUACUCUCCCUCCUACUACUACUACUACUUUCCGGAUGACUAUAUCCGAUGUAAACAAAAACUUCGAUAAUAUCUCGAACCUUACUGGGCCAAAAGACUGGACGAUGUGGAAAUACCGCGUCAAUAAAGGUCUUGAGGUUGUUAAAGACUUCUACAAAGCCAAUACGGGUGCUGCACCUCCUAACGAGGUCCAGAGCGCGUGUUUGAACGCUAUUACUGGGAAGAUGGAUGAUACGAUCCUCGUCCACUAUCUCGACGUCACUGAUGCUUUCGAGCUCAUGACGAAACUUAACGAACGUUUCGAUCCAAAGACUACUGUCACGGAUGCGAACGAACUUUACCAACUAUUCCACUUGCGUCGGCCCAUCUAUGAGCUUGACAAACUACUCGAUGACGCGACAGACUUAUAUGCGCGCAUCAAACUGAAGAAGAUGAACGUCUCUGAUGAUGUCUUCUAUUCUGCUAUCAUGGGCAUCAUACCGCCCGCCUAUCAUCAUGUUCGUACUACAUACGAAUCUAGUGUUAGGUCGGCUACUCCCGCUGGGCAGACUCCUGUCUACAAACCAGACGCACUCGUCAUUGAUCUUCAGAAGGAGUUCCAGAACUAUCGCGCAACGCACUCGCGUUCGAACUUCACUAGCGCUAAAAAGCCUGAGUUGACGACUACUGUUGACAAGGGCAAGGGUGUUGAUCGUACGGCGAAGUCGAACUCGGCUCGCGCUGCUACUGCUGCGCCCUACAAGCGUACUACUACUCCUUCAACUACUACUGCCCCUAUUCCUCCUGAGCAGAAAACAUGCUACAACUGUGGCCAGCUGGGGCAUACUACACCCACUUGUCCUCAGCCUUGGACUGAGAACUCGAAGGAGGCGAUGAGGAAGAAGGGCAUUACUCGCAAGAGUGAUGGAUCUGCCUCCGCCGCCGUCGUUACUGGUCUUGGCCACAACCCUACCACUACUUGGGCUUCGGCUGGGCCAUCAAGCUCGCAAUCUGACUGGGUUCAGUCCAUCUCCUCCUCUGAUGUCGAGAUGCAAGAAACUGUACGUCCUCACUACUCACUUCCGGUCUUUACUGCGAUCUCUGACCAAGAUCAAUCUCAUAUACUCGAUACUGGUGCAACUAUUCACUGCACUCCAUAUCUCAACUUACUUUUCAACGUGCAUACGACCCCGCUACUAAACUUAACAGUCGCAAACUCAGAAACAAUAGAACUGCGACUGGCGGGUGACAUGCGCAUUGAUAUCCCAAAGAACGGAAUGACGGGGCUGGAAACGUACUGGGUACUAUAUCACAAAAUGCGAAAUUAUACUCUAUUUCUUCUCUCAAACUUAAUGAGGACGUUGCAAGUCUGA